AUGCAGUCCAUCAGAGACUUGAAGCCCAGCUUCAGUGGCCCCCCUCCAUCCUCCAUGGCCGCUGGGCCCGACGCCUAUCUCCAGGGAAGCAUCAGGAUGACUCUGGAGGACCCUGAACUCUGGAAGACCUUUCAUGAAAUAGGGACAGAGAUGAUCAUCACUAAGCCGGGCAGGAGAAUGUUUCCACACUGUAAAAUUAAUCUCACAGGACUGAUUCCAUGUGCCAAGUACAUCUUAUUGGUUGACAUGGUUCCUGAGGAUGGCUUCAGGUAUAAGUGGAAUAAAGAGAAAUGGGAGGUGGCAGGAAAAGCGGAGCCCCAGCCUCCCUGCAGGACCUACCUCCACCCAGACUCUCCAGCCCCAGGGAGCCACUGGAUGAAGCAAUCUGUCUCCUUCCUCAAGCUCAAGCUCACCAACAACACACUAGACCAGCAUGGCCAUAUCAUUUUGCACUCUAUGCAUCGCUACCACCCGCGCUUCCACAUCAUUCAGGCAGAUGAUCUCUUCAGUGUCCGCUGGAGUGUCUUCCAGACCUUCACUUUCCCUGAGACUUCCUUCACCGCUGUCACUGCCUACCAAAACACAAAGAUAACAAAGCUGAAGAUUGAUCACAACCCAUUUGCAAAAGGUUUCCGGGAUGAAGGGACAAAUACAAAGAGGCGUGCAAGCAAGAAUCCAGCCUGUCCUGAAAAGCGAGCCAAGAUGACUGGCAUUGGCAACAGAGAGUCUGAGGAGGACAGCCCACCAGAUUUCUGCAGGUCAUCGUAUGAGGCUUAUGAGGGAGAGGAAGGGGACCUGCCAAAAAGGAAAGAGGUUGAUUCAGUGAAGGAGGAACGCUACUCCCCUUGGGCUCCUGAGAGGGAGCACAGUGUGAGGACCGAAUCCCCUGCUGGGACAGACACCAGGGACAUGUACAACACAGAGCAGCUUGUUCCUGCACCGGCCUCCUACCAGCCUUACAGGUUCCAUGGAUAUGGAAAGUCCCCGUCGCCCUCUUCCAGCAUCGGCAGCAGUAACGGAGGAUCAGGACGCAGCAGCUUUGAGUCCAGGGUCCCAGAUGUUGCCACUGUCCCCGAUCAUGAUUCCUCAAAGUCCCGUACACAUGAGAUUGGACCAUCUCCCUGCGGCCCCCAGCCCCUUGCCGGCCACCAGGACUACACCGGGGUGCUGAACAUGACCAUGGCCCAGGCCAGCAAGCCAGGGGUGCUGGGACACCACAUUUACAGCCCCUACAGCACCGAGCAGCCCCUGGGCCAGUGGAGCGGCCCUGGCCCCGCCCAGUACCCCCCUCCGCACCACCUGGCUGCCGACUACACCACACAAGCUGUGCACCAUGGCUAUCACCAUGGCAACAUGGCUGAGUGGAGCCAGUACCCGCUCUUUUCCUAUUCCUGCUGGUGA